GACCUCAAACAGUGAAACAUCAUGUGAGUUAGAAGCUGUAGUUUUAUUAUUCCCCAAAAUCUGACAGCUGCAGAAAACCAGAGGAAACACAAGCUGAAUCAUUGUUAUUCAUUUAAUGUCCAACCUGUGAGAAGCCCUGUGACUGUGCUCUGAAGGCAACUUGAAAUUUAAUCUCUCAGGAAUGUGUCAGUGCACAAUUACCAAUAACACUCUUGCAUUGACCAACAGUCCCAUCCACUUUACUUCAGAUACAAUGGGGCUAUUAUAUUACACACGCUGAGGCAGCCAUAGCAGCAGACACUGCUGUAUAACUGGGGGAUGAUGCACACGGCUCAGCCCUUAUACAAAUGGAUCAAAUCUACAUGAGACCUGUGCCGCAGAGAGAGCUGAGAGUGUUGAACCAAAAGGAGGACAGAGAUCUCCGGCAUAAACUCAACAUGCUGGACAAACAGUACCGCUACACCCGCAAAAUGCUUCAGCAAAGACGAGACUCGCUGAUGAACGAACAGAGAAGAGUGGUGAUGGUGAAAGUCUGUGAACCUAAAGCCACAGUCAACAUCGCCAUGAAAGAAAUCGGAGAACACAAGAACGCAGAGGAGCACUUCAGAGGGAUUCACACAUCUGACGGCGGAAGACUGCACUCCAGCAAACCCCAGCAUCACAGCAAGGGAUCUGAACCGGUGGAGCAGGGUCGGUCAAUAUCAGCUCCACCACCAUCGUCGGUUAAACCCACGAGUCCUGUGAGACACAGAGGCAACAUCCAGAGCAACGUGUCUCUCCUGCAGAUGAAAAAUAUUGCAACUAUUGACUCAAUAUCAGAAAAAGAGCUGGUGAGGCAACAGCAGAAAGCCAGAGAGGAACUGGAGAGGGUGAGGCAGCUCCAGAAGGAGAAUUUACACAAGAGGGUGACGGCGUUUAUAGAAAGUCUCAAAGACAAAGGCAGCGUGGAAAUACUUGUGGAACCUCUGUAGAGGAACCUGAAAGUUUGGAGUCAUUAACGCAACUUUUUACAGCUCAAUACCUCGACAUUCGCUACACCAAGAACAAAAAUGUUUUAUUAUAAACAAUGAGAAUGAAGUAUGUACAUAUUGUUUCAUUAAAUGUAAAAACAGAGCUUCAAUAUUUUAGAUUAAACAAUAUUCCCCAUCUUUUUCAUGGUUAACAAAGCUGUGUGCACUGGAGUCUCCAUGAGAAGGUGGCAGUUUUUCUUCCACUCUGGAGAAUCAGGAAG